AUGCAGAAGCUUAUUUCAUCCAGAAGCUGCAUCCGAAUGAUACGAGUAUUCAUUACAGUGCUGGUGCUUGUUGUGCCAGCUACAAGUCACGAGAGUGCAGCAUCGACCAACAGCACACCUCUCAAUGUUACUGACUACUGGAUUGAAGACCAUCCGUACGUGUUCCAGCCUUACUGGAAGCGCCUUCGAAAUGGUAAAAUUGUACUGGAGAACGACUCGACCUUCAGUAGCGUACGCGAUACAGUUAGGACAAAUACGUCAUGGAUUUCAAGAUGGGUCCUCUCAAGCGAGGGUCAACGCACGCUAAGAAAAGAUUUAUCACGGCUGCUGAUGUACAAUCUAGUGUCUCCCAUGGACUACGGGGACUCGCUGCGGUCUAGUAACGUACGUCGGCGCCGCAACAAAGCGGUACGCAUGUUUCUAACGGACAACUUGGCACUCCCAGCCUUGAAAACUUUCGGUCGUGUAGCUUGGAAUCUCAUUCAAAGUCAUUACGUUGACUAUUUCAAAGACGAGAUGUUCACGCAGCGUUUAAAGACUAUGAACGCCAGUGAGAUGAUACGAGAAUUUAACCUCACACUCCCAAUUGAGGCGAUCGAAGAGAUACCAGAUGAAGAUAGCCGACCAAACACAACGCAGGCAUACGAGUAUGAUGGAGAAAAAAGCGAGCUCAAUUGUACAGACAGUACUCCGCAGCUUUUGAUCCAUACGAGAAUUACUCGAACCAUGUCACAGCUAUUGCAAUCGCUUGCUGUGCAGAAUGUAAACAUAGCUGAACUCGAUACCAGCUCAAGUGGAAGCAGUGACGAUGCAAUCCUUAGCUCUUGUCCAUCAAGUUGCGCUGAAAACGACAGAAUAUCUCGAGAACUCGCGAAUGUAAGUGAUGAAUUGCUUUUGAGCGCGUUAAACUUGUCGGUACCAGCGAACGGAAGUGUAUCUACUGGAGCAGUAAACCAUGGAGGCAAUACUACAAUGAGUACAAAAGAUACCCAAGCAUUCAAGCAAAUCCAAGUUCGACUGGAGGAAUUUUACUUCGACACUGGCAUUCCUCGGCUACCCGUCCAUCCCAAUGUUACAAAUUUGGUCUUUCCAUCGUUGGCAACAUUUCUUCGUGUAUCACUUACAACCGAUGCAAGUACCAACCAUUCCGCGGCAUCUGAAGACAGCGUUGCAAACAACAGCUUUGGUGACUCAAAUGACGCUGUUAUCCCACGAUCGUUGUCUUUGGAAGAUUUAAUCAGCGACGAUGCUGGUAACAUUGGCAGUAUGACAGAUUUUUCGUCAAGAAGCGGAGUAUACGCUGCACUCACUCACUAUUACGCGUUCCCUUCGGCUGACAAAUGGAUGAUUAAAAAGUUUGACGAUGAGAAUAUUUCAGAUUGUACAUUGAAACAAGUGUGUCUAGUACACUCUGGAGUGACGGUGUAUACGCCGUCGUUAACAGCGCUACAGCUGGUUGAAACAUUCAAUGAUAUGAGCGUGGCUCCCACGACAAAACGAUUAAUGCGGCUGAUGGCGCUACUGGAGAUGGUUCAAGUGGCUUUUGAAGCUGAGCGAAGAGCGCUUAAACACGGUCUACAAGGUCCGUCCACCGUCUGGUACUCUACUCACGACCUUGACGUGGAUGAAUUUGCUGAUGCAGUACUAGGUACAAUUAACAUGUCGAUCAGUGGAGACACUGGUGAUUCAACUCCGCUGCAUGUUUUUGAAAAGCACAUGAACGAACGGGUACCGAUUCUGGACGAAGAGGUUUCGUACUACGCAGAGACAAACCACGACACCAAAUUCUCGAUGGAACUCAACCACAGCAUUCCCAUGCUAGACAAAUUCCAAGAAAGUGACCUGGUUAAACUAGUGAGCUCGUUCACGAACGAAAUGAAGAAUCUCAAUCGAGCAAUCGGUUUCUACGUAGAGACUCGAUCUACAGAUUUAUUAUACCAAGAAGUUGUAAGUGCUACGACGCGUGGAGAUUUAUAUAACGGAAGUGAGUACACCUUGAUCGGCUUUGGUUUUCUCAUUCCUGCGACCAACAAACACAAUGUGCUAUAUCGAGACAUGAAACUGCCAGUUCCAUUUCAUCUUGUGGUCCGUUUACUUGUGCGUUUUCAAGAAAGUCGUUUACUGCUACCACAAGAAUCACGACAAGUUUUAGUUUGCCUGACAAUGGCAUACUACAAUAUUUCCUUCUACCGCUGUCACAACUCAUCAUCUACCAACCAUUAA